UAUAAAAGCUGCCUCAGGAGGCCAAGGCCACAAGCCUCAGCUUAGGCCAGCCUACGUGUCCGCUCCUGGCUCCUCCUGUGUUGGCUCUGAGCUCCAUGGCGCUCUGGUUGACAGCAGUCAUUGCUCUCGCUUGCCUUGGUGGCCUUGCCUCCCCAGCCCCUCUGCCAUCCUCGAUGGCCCUCAAGGAGCUCAUUAAGGAGCUGGUCAACAUCACCCAGAACCAGGCCCCCCUCUGCAAUGGCAGCAUGGUGUGGAGCGUCAACCUGACAGCUGACACGUACUGUAGAGCCCUGGAGUCCCUGAGCAACGUCUCCACCUGCAGUGCCAUCCAAAACACCCGGAAGAUGCUGACUAAACUCUGCCCUCACCAGCUCUCAGCCGGGCAGGUUUCUAGCGAGCGCGCCCGAGACACCAAAAUUGAAGUGAUCGUGUUGGUAAAAGACCUGCUCAAAAAUUUAAGGAAAAUUUUUCACGGUGGAAAGCAUGUGGACGCCUGA